AAAUGUCUUGUCAAAAGUCAAAACAACCCAGGCCGGGGGUAAAAUCGAAAAAGUUGUGAAAUACUGUUUUUCCAAUACGAUUUGCGCAUUUUCUCAGUUUUUCCGCAAUGGCAGGAGUCCUGUUUGAAGAUAUUUUUAAUGUGAAAGAUAUAGACCCAGAGGGAAAGAAGUUCGACCGCGUGAGCCGACUGCAUUGCGAGUCAGAAUCCUUCAAAAUGGACUUGAUCUUAGACAUAAACUCUUGGUUAUAUCCUAUGGAAUUAGGUGACAAAUUUCGUCUAGUUUUGGCCACAACUCUUCGUGAAGAUGGUUAUCCAGACAGUGGAGACUGGAAUCCUCAAGGAUUAGAAGCAGAAGGUUCCAGGGCAGACAGUUUCGAAUACGUGAUGUCUGGGAAAGUGUAUCGGAUAGAAGGGGAUGAGGCAUCGUUGGAACCUUCUAGCAGAUUAGCGGCCUACGUAUCGUUUGGGGGAUUGCUUAUGAGGUUACAAGGAGACGCGAAUAACUUGCACAGUUUUGAAGUGGACCAGCACAUGUAUCUGCUAAUGAAAAAGAUUUUUAUGUAGAAUCAUAUUAUUUUUAUAUUAAAUUAUGUGAACUGUGUUCAUUUAAAUCACUACUAUUGUAGUUGAUUAGGUAAUUUAAAAAAAAAUUGUCUUUUUUUACCACAAAACCAAUAAAGUUUUUAAGAUUAA